GGCUGUAUGCGGAAGACGAAUAUUUUGGUGGGAUAGUAUUAGACUUCUGUAUCGCUAGAUGUGCUGUGAAGUGUUUGGCUGAGUGGUCACAGACCAAAGUUAAAUAGAAUGUUUGUGCGCUCCACCGAUAAAAUAUCUUUGUUGUGGCAGUUGCAUUCUGGUUGAAGACAGAACAGCUUGAAAUUACAUAGCUAUUAAGUUUUUUUCAAGAUACUGAAUUUUUCACAAUGUCUUUAAGUAAAAAGAAAAAAAAUGUCGAAUCGGAUAAAGAUGUUAUGAUGCCUGUGAGGUCUGCAAUGUGUCUUGUAAAAUAUUGCCUGAUGUACGAUAUCCUUUCACCUUGAGCUUAUUCUCUGAAAAUGACAAGAGCUUUGGUCUCUCGGCUUAUGUUUAGAUUCCACUUCAGGUAUUUAGAAAAUGCCGGCACACGAUGUCAUGUUCACUUUGGUGUUGAUCCUUGUGGUAUCUGCAAUUGUGUUGGCUGCUUUUGAUUAUCUGCUUUACCUAUUAGUUAAUUACGGAUAAAUAAAGUAAUGCCUUCGUUAAGUGUGAAUAAAAAUGAAAAUUAUUCCUGUUUGCAGCUUCGUUGUGGGAGUGGCGAGUUCGUUUGUGUUAGAGUCUGAUGCUGAAUGAAACAUUUCAGCCAAACAGUACUUUGAGAGCUUUAGUGACAGUUCAACUGUCUGUUUCAUAUGCAGUCUUCAUUUGAUUACAUUCGCUCUCAUUUGCAGUUAUGUUUCCGAGAUGAGAAUAAAGACUUUGCUCCCCUUUUGGAUACGAUUUAAGAAUAGAGAAUUAAAUUCGAAAAAUAAGAGAAAGUUGGGUAUAGAAUAAGAAGCAGAAAAAACAGAACUAGUUUAGAUCUAUACAUUCAUCCAAGAGUAUAUAUAAGAAUUCAGCAGAUGCGAUGUGACCUAUCUUACCGAGCACCAAUCAGAACCACCAGAAGUGAGAAAGUUGUUACUGAAAUCAGACAUAAUGACCUCGCAUUCACAUCCUCCGAAGCCACCUUCAUCCUCCAAAAGCUGCCCGUGCAUGAAAUCUUCCCUAAGGGAAUGGAUGCACAGAAGCUGGACUGAACUAGUGCCAAGAUGUGGUGGCUGCCUCGAUCCGAGGAUGACCAUAAGAUUACUGGGCAGCUUUGUCUUGGUGAGCGGCGUGAUGGUGUCCAGCGCUGAGGGAUCCUUAUUCGUGCGGGAAGAGCAGAGGUACCGACGGUGUCUUCUUCAGCAACAGGGACUCGUGGCUGAUAGACACAUGACGCAGCCGUUGGAACAGGCUCAAGAUAUACUGGAGUGUUAUCCUUACAACAUUCACUUUGUUCGUGGCUGCACUGGGAUGGGCGGUGUCCUUCUUCUUUUGCUCAUUUUGGCAACUUUGCUGAUGUUCGUCGCUGUGGCAACGGUAAGCAAAGAAAAUCUGUAA